AUGGCAACUCUUGCAUCACUGGGCAUUAUGUUGGCUCUUAUACAAGUUGUGGCUGAUUCUCUACAGACUGGCAUAAAUAGAUCUUAUCGCAUGGAUUUAAAGUCCCUGGAGGCCAUUCCAAUUCUGUCUACGAGUGUUCUUGGUGGCCGUUUACUCAAGACCAUCCUCUCCCGGCGAGAUCGGAUCUUCGCAUCACCGCUCUCAAGUCUGGUACCUCCUAUGGCUAUGGUUUGCAACAAAACAGAUGAACAUACAUCUAUUCCUAUCGACUUGUUGUCUCCUUGCGACAGCGUUAUUCGCUUAUCUUGGAGGACUUGGAUCAACGGCUCCUUGGAGCCUAGGAACGUUAAGCAUAAUGAUGCUGUAUAUGCGGGGGGUCAGGUGCAACAAGGAUCGCUCGUCUGUAGGGCAACAGCUUGUGGGCGUUCUACUCGCCUGGGUGAACUACUGACGUCCGUCGUGACGGCGGAGCUGGCCAACUCAGAACCCCAGCUUCAUCGUGCUACUUUAUGGUUCUCAAGUGCUGUUAUCCUACUUGCAAUAACGCUACUGACCGUGUAUCCUGUAUUCGCGAACGAGACCUGCUGGAUAGAUGGGCUGGGUCGAGCUUCAGCGUUGCUACUAGCCGCUUGCCCGUGUUCACUGAGUUUGAGUAUUCCAACUUGUAAAUUACUGGCGACAGUGGAAGCAUCAAAGUUUGGAGUCCGGUUAUUGGCUACUUAUGCAAGACUACGAAGCGCCGCGUCUGCUCAAACCAUUUUCUUCGACAAGACGGGCACUCUCACACAUGGAGACCUGAAGGUUAUACAUGCGAGCUUCUCUAAGGAGUGGGAGACACUGGAGAAGCAAGAAAUAUUGUGGAGGGCUGUCCACGAGGUUGAAGCUGGGAUCACCCACCCAGUUGCCCGAGCUCUCUUUCAAGAAAGUUAUUCAAAGCUGGGAGAGAAGCCUGGGUAUUUAAGUACCAUUUUGGUAUCAGAAAUUAAGUACGAACUUGGUCGCGGCGCUCAAGCUGUUGUGACAGCCACUCAGCCCGGGUCUGAGUCCACCACUUGGAAGUUGGCAAUUGGAAGCCGUACAUAUAUCGAGAGCCCAGGAGUUUCCGUUGAUCUCAGUCAAACUCCCGUGAAGAUGAGAACUGGAGUUACAACGACUGUUGUACUAGCCUUGGAUGGAAAGCAGGCUGCCGUUUUUGCACUCGAAGACACAGUCCGUUCCGAUGCUCAGAAAGUUAUAAGUCAGCUCAAGGAUCUGGGUCUAACUAUUGGAAUGAUCACGGGCGAUAAUGCAGCUUCAGCUACCUCUGUUGCUCGCGAAGUAGGCAUUGAUUCGGACAUGAUAUUUGCCAAUGCCCUUCCAGAGGAAAAGUCUUGCAUCUUAGCCCGCUUUCUUCAACGCGGACCGGCUAUUUACGUUGGAGAUAACUACAACGACAUUCUGUGCUUUGCAUCAGCGUCAUUCAGUAUCUGUGUCGCAAGCUCAGAGAUGCAGUCCAUUGAUAGUGACUGUGCUGAUGGCACGCUGAUGAUAUCCGAGACUUCUCCACUAAGUCGCAUUCCGUUGAUGAUACUCUUGGCACGGCGUAUGAGACGCAUUGUGACGCAAAACCAUUGUUGGGCUGUUGUUUACAAUAUCUUAUCUGUAGCCUGUGUACUUGGUGUUGGUGGGAUACCGCCGCCUUCCCCAGUUUGGUCUAGCAUAGGAAUGGGGUUCAGCAGUGUCGUAGUGCUUUGGAACAGCUCAAGGGUCGAUGAAGGACGACUUAGUUGA